UUUUCUAUAGUUGAAUGUAUUAUUUCAAAUGACCAUUGUGAUCGAGAGUCGAAUAAUUGUCAACGCAUUUGAACAAAUUCGUUUUGGAAGUUUUUAUUUUCUUCCGUUUGUUCAUCUUCCGGAUAAAUGUUUGUGCAAGUAAAACAGAGACACGAUUUCAUCAGAACAGCUCCGAAUAAUAAAAAAAAAAAACAAAGAACAUUUGUUCUGAAUGAGAAAACGCCAAUAGACUCGGAAAUGAAAUUGUGCAUACAUAAAUUUGAGAAAAGAGUCAUAGAUUUAAAGGCGAUUCACAUUGCUAUCGUAUGUACCUGAUGUGAUCGUUGUUCUCUCCAUACUUUGUUCCGUCGUUUAUGGUGAUCAUCUUUCGUCGUGCGUGUGUUACUUAACAGGUUCGGGGAAAAAGAACAAAACACAGAGUGCAGAGAAUUUAAAACGAAUAAAAAAGAAGAAGAAACUUAAGAUAAACACAUAGAAUACGCAUUAUAAAAAACAUAUUUUUUUUUUCUCGUAUGAACAUUAUUAUUAUUUGCACUCCGGAAAAAUCGGCAGAAAUCAAGUGCGGCAUUUCAAGAAAUCAACAACAUAUAUUGCCACAGAGUGAGAAUAAGUAAUUUCUAUCACUGAAGGACAUCAAAAUGGCGGAUUCCUAUUAUCAGGGUGACUAUAUAAAACAUCCAGUUUUAUAUGAAUUAAGCCACAAGUAUGGAUUCACUGAUAAUUUACCUGAAAGUGCACUUCCAAAUCGCCUGGAGGAGAUCAAAGAAGCAAUCAGACGGGAAAUCCGCAAGGAAUUAAAGAUCAAAGAGGGUGCUGAAAAAUUGCGUGAAGUGACAACAGAUCGUCGCUCAUUAUCCGACGUGGUAUCCAUUGUAAAGAAAAGCAAUAGCAAAUUAGCUGAACUCAAAUCUGAACUGCACGAACUGGAAAGUCAAAUAUUACUGACGAAAGGCAACACCGUUAGCAAUGGCCAAG